CUACCAUUUAAUACAUCGUGAGACGAAGAAAAAAGAAACGAAGAGAAUGAAAGUGGGGGUGUUGGAAGUAUUGUUAAUGGCGUCCUCGGUGUUGCGACUCUCGUCGGCAGCUGAUUUCAGACGGCGGAAAACGGCGACGUUCGGCGGAUUUUCCAGCAGAGCUUCCUCCUCUAUCGUGUUCCCAGUUCACGGGAACGUUUAUCCUGUCGGGUACUACAAUGUUACCAUCAACAUCGGACAGCCAUCGAGGCCGUACUAUUUGGAUCUUGAUACAGGUAGUGAUCUCACAUGGCUCCAAUGUGAUGCUCCUUGUGUACGUUGCGUUGAGGCACCUCAUCCACUUUACGAGCCCAGCAGUGAUCUUAUCACCUGCAACGAUCCUCUCUGUAAGGCGUUGCAUUCUAAUGGCGACCGUAUAUACGAGAAGCCGGAGCAGUGUGACUAUGAGGUUGAGUAUGCUGAUGGCGGGUCAUCUCAAGGAGUUCUUGUUAGAGAUGUCUUCUCCUUAAACUACAAGAACGGAGCCCGGCUCAACCCCCGUCUCGCCCUCGGAUGCGGUUACGAUCAAAUUCCCGGCGCAUCAAGUCGCCAUCCUCUUGAUGGAGUCCUCGGUCUAGGGAGGGGAAAGGUUAGCAUCUUGUCACAGCUUCACAGCCAAGGCUACGUGAGGAAUGUUAUCGGCCAUUGCUUAAGCAGUCUUGGUGGAGGAUUUCUCUUCUUCGGAAACGAUCUUUACGAUUCCUCGAGGGUCUCUUGGACACCAAUGUCAAGCGAUCACUCAAAACAUUACUCUCCGGCUCCGGGGGGCGAACUUCUUUUCGGUGGUAAAACCACCGGGCUGAAGAAUUUGCUUGUAGCUUUCGACAGUGGCAGCUCUUACACAUAUUUCAAUUCGAAGGCCUACCAUGCCGUCACAAACUUGCUGAAGAGAGAACUAAGUGGGAAACCAUUGAAAGAAGCACGGGACGAUAGUACGCUCCCUCUAUGCUGGCAAGGCCGUAGACCCUUCUUGAACGUGGACGAAGCCAAGAAAUACUUCAGGCCCCUAUCUGUCAGUUUCAAAACCGGCUGGAGAUCCAAAUCUCUCUAUGAGAUACCCCCAGAAGCCUAUCUGAUCAUCUCUACGGAGGGAAACGUGUGCUUGGGAAUCUUGAAUGGCACAGAAAUAGGCCUCGAGAACGUAAAUCUCAUCGGAGAUAUAUCGAUGCAAGAUCAGAUGGUGAUCUACGACAACGAGAAGCAUGCCAUCGGGUGGAUGCCCUCCUCUGACUGCAGCGAGAUCGCGUCGCUAAAAGUUCCAGAAGGUUAUGCAUAUUAUACAUAAAAUCUCCGUAGAUUGUAAGCUGACAGAGAAGGUAGAAUGUACAUUUUCACAACAUGAAUUAAGAAAUGCUCUCUGCUAUCCGAUUUAUUACUUCACUUUGGUGAAACUUCAAGCAUUUAGAAAUCCUCUAAGGUAGUUAGAUUUUGGUUUUGAUACGAAGAUAUCAAGAAUAUGAGUGAUUUUGUAUAGUGAAUUCAAGAUUCA